CUCCCCCCGGGUCAGCUGACUGUGUCAUUCUGUCUGUCCUGGAGCAGAGCCUUCCCUAUAACAAUCUAGUUCAGACUACAAACUGGAGACAGAAAUAAAUAUUAAAGAAAUCACACAGCCAGGUAUAGAGGACGAUAUGAAUUCCUAUUUUACAAACCCAUCUUUAUCCUGCCAUCUAACCAGUGGCCAAGAGGUGCUUCCCAACGUAGCCCUCAAUUCAACUGCCUAUGACCCUGUCAGGCAUUUUUCUACUUAUGGAGCAGCCGUUGCUCAAAACCGGAUUUAUUCUUCUCCUUUUUAUUCACCGCAAGAUAAUGUUGUGUUUAGCUCCAGCCGAGGACCUUAUGACUAUGGAUCUAAUGCUUUUUACCAAGAAAAAGACAUGCUUUCUAGCUGCAGGCAAAAUUCUAUGGGACAUAAUACACAGACAUCAAUCGCACAGGAUUUUACCAGUGACCAAAACAGGAACACUUCGCAAGAACAAAAAACUAGCAUUCAAAUAUACCCCUGGAUGCAGCGUAUGAACUCCCACAGUGUCUGUUUUGUCUCGGCAUCCUUAGGAGUCGGUUACGGGGCCGACCGCCGGCGGGGCCGCCAGAUUUAUUCCCGUUAUCAAACCUUGGAGCUGGAGAAGGAAUUUCACUUCAACCGGUACCUGACCCGGCGGAGGCGGAUCGAGAUCGCCAACGCGCUCUGCCUGACGGAGCGGCAGAUUAAAAUCUGGUUCCAAAACCGGCGGAUGAAAUGGAAAAAAGAAAGCAAUUUGAGUUCCACGCUCUCCGGGGCGGGAGGGGGGGCGGCCGCCGCCGCCGCCGACAGCUUGGCCAAGGAGGAGAAGCGAGAAGAGACAGAGGAGGAGAAGCAGAAGGAGUGA